AUGAUCCGAAACAGUGUGGAAAUGGUUCGAAGAUGCUGUUCUUGCGGUUCGUUACCCGAGAAUAGUGGCCAAGGAGAAGAAACAGAGGACUUUAAUGAACAGAAAAUUAAUGAGAAGUUAGAAAGACACUAUAUGGAAUUGAACAGUGCUAAAAAGUUACUCUUGCUAGGUACUGGCGAGGCAGGAAAAUCCACUUUCUUCAAACAAAUGCACAUCAAUUACGGCGGAGGUUUUUCACCUGAAGCUCGUCUGGAAUAUAAGCGAGUCAUWCAUCAGAAUAUUCUGACAGCGAUGAAGUCGAUGCUGAAUGCCAUGAAUGUGUUGAUAAUACCAUACGAUAAAAUAGAAAAUGCGCUGAUGGCAAAUAGCAUUUUGAUCGCCAAUGUUGACGCCGUAACAGAAUUAGACGAGAUGAUUUUGUCAGCCAUAAAAUGUCUGUGGGCCGAUACGGGCGUACAACAAUGCUAUGAACGACGAAGGGAAUAUCAGAUAAUUGAUUCGGCGAAAUAUUUCCUUGACAUGUUGGAUCGUGUCACACAGCCCGAUUACGUUCCCACAGAUGAUCACAUAUUGCAUUCACGUGUGGUUACAACUGAAAUAGUGGAGCACGUUUUCGAUACAAAUAAAAUGAAACGUACUAGUAACAAACGACCGUUACUACGAGUAAUAGAUGUUGGUGGACAACGAUCUGAACGACGAAAAUGGUUACAGUGUUUCGAUGAUGUGACAGCUCUCAUAUUUCUAACAUCGCUCUCAGAAUACGAUCAGACACUAAGCGAGGAAGAAGGUUUGAGCCGCAUGGAGGAAUCCAAGUSUCUAUUUCGUAUCAUUUUAUCAACAAGCUAUUUUCGUAAAUCUUCGAUUAUUCUAUUUUUAAAUAAACAAGAUUUACUGGAAGAAAAAAUAAUGACCGCACACUUAGUGGACUACUAUCCGGAGUAUGAAG